AACUGCAGCUACUCAUAUUUGCUCCUUUCAUCAAAGCGCCCCUUUCCGCGCAUUGUUUCGUGGAUCAGCUGUGCAUGGAUCUAAAACCCCACCCGAUUAGGAAGGAAAGAAGGAAAAAAAAAAGCAAUAAUGACCGCAAGAAAAUAAGAGGCUUUAAAAACAAUUAACAUUCUGUAAGGCGUAAAAUCAAAACACCGCCGUUUAUAUUGCGAUCCUUGAGGACUGAAACGGGUUACAUCUUCGCAUUCCUCCCAUUUGAUCGCAGCGGCGGUGAAGACAUUCAGUCAGUUGAUAUUUUGCUACCCUAGCCACUCUCUCAAGAUGAUAGCCCUUUUUAACAAGCUGUUGGACUGGUUUAAACAGUUAUUUUGGAAGGAGGAGAUGGAGUUGACACUGGUCGGUCUGCAGUAUUCGGGGAAAACCACCUUCGUCAACGUAAUAGCGUCAGGGCAGUUCAGUGAGGACAUGAUUCCUACAGUGGGCUUCAACAUGAGGAAGAUCACCAAGGGCAACGUCACCAUUAAGCUGUGGGAUAUCGGGGGUCAGCCUCGAUUCCGGAGCAUGUGGGAGAGAUACUGCAGAGGAGUCAGUGCCAUUGUUUACAUGGUCGAUGCUGCAGACCCAGAGAAGAUUGAGGCCUCGAAGAAUGAACUGCACAACCUCCUAGACAAACCCCAGCUACAGGGGAUCCCAGUACUGGUUUUGGGGAACAAAAGAGAUAUUACGGGUGCCUUGGAUGAGAAGGAGCUGAUUGAAAGGAUGAACCUGUCAGCCAUCCAGGACAGAGAGAUCUGCUGUUACUCAAUCUCCUGCAAGGAAAAAGACAACAUUGACAUCACACUACAGUGGCUGAUCCAGCAUUCCAGAACCAGGAGGACAACAACAUGAGGCCUCAACUUACUGGAUGACCCCCCCCCCCCCCCCCCCCCCCCUCUCCCCUCCAGGACCACAACUCCAAGACCAACCGUACCCCUCCUUCUCAUCUGCUCUCUCCUCUCCCCCUCCUUUCCCUCCGCUCCUCCCUUCUCUCAUCGCCCUGGUUCCAUUUCUAGUCCCUCCGUUUCACUCCUACCCUCUUGGUGUACACAGAUCUGAGAGGAUUGGAUAGGUGUGAGCAAUAUGGCCGAAUAUGGAGCCAUCACCACAAUGCUUCUAAAUCUCCAAUCUUCUCGGAUCUGCGUACAUGGAAUGAGUAGAGGCUAAGAGGGGCUGUCCUGUCAUCCUCAGCUCUCCUUCCUUUUUUUUCUUUCUUUUUUUAUGUAUGAGAUCCCUGCAUUUUACUCUUUAAAAACACCCCCCCCUCGCCCCCCCUACCUGAUUCCGUUCUUGUAAAGAGUGUGAAAAAUUAUGAUUUGCACUGUUUGAAUUGUUUUGGUAUGCAUUUUUUACACUUCAGACUGGAUAAUGUUGACUCUUGACAGUCACCCACUGAGUAGUUAUUGUUUGCAUUGACUUAUUUUUUUUAAUAUAUACUAUACUUGUG